AUGUAUUUCUUAGAAUUUUCGAGUGAUGAAGAGGUUUAUUCGCAAUGUAAUUAUGAAGAUGGAUCAUCUGAAGAGGAAAGUGAUGACAGUAAUUUGAGCAUUUUCGAUACUCGGAAACAACCUGAAAUGAUAAAGCAAACAUUGAACACUCUCCAGAAGUCUAGUUCAGCCUUGACGUCAACAAAAUCAAAUAACAUAGCUUCUAAGCCACGUCCAUCGCAUGUGUCAGCGAAAUUGUCCUCUGCUUCAAAAACGGUAGAUGAUAUUAUGCCGCAAUCUCCUAAGGAAAUGGAGGAUGAGCUUAUGCCACAACCACCACCAGCAAAUAGCCGGCAUAUCCCUUCCAAGAGGAUUACAAUGAACUUCCUGACUUACCUGAUUAUCUAUUGCGAGAGAAUAUGUCUACCCCUAGUUUUUCCCUGUUAA